CCCCGUAAUUCCACUCCCGCUCCCCCCUCCUAUCGCCUCCCCCCUCCUCCGGCUCCGAGAUCUCGCGCGCCGCCGAAGCUUCCAGAAGCUUCCGGAGGAGGAGGAAGGCGCGCCGCCGAUGCUCGUCCCGAAGCGGAUCAACUACAUGGCCCCGCUGCUCGCCUCCGCCGUCAUCCUCCUCCUCCUCCUCUCGGGAUACUUCGAGCUGCCCUCCGUCUCCUCCUACUCCGCCUCCCUCUCCCGCCCCGCGCCGCUCUUCGCCACGGCGCUCGACACCGUCGGCUCCCGCGACCGGUCCCCCUUCACGUCGCUCCUCUCCGCCUUCGCGGCCUGGGACGCCGCCGUCGGGUGCCCCCGCAUCCGCGCCAAGCUCGAUACGGCUGGGGCCGCGGGCGCCAACGCGAGUGCGGCGGCGUCCAUCACGGGCGGCGCAGGGUGGGGCGGCGGCGGGAGGUGCGAGGACAUGAGGGCGCGCCACGUCGGGGUGCUCGUCAAGGGGUGGACGUGGAUCCCCGACGCGCUCGACGGGGUGUACACGUGCCGCUGCGGGGUGAGCUGCGUCUGGAGCAAGUCCACCGCCGUCGUCGACCGGCCCGACGCGCUGCUCUUCGAGGGUGCCACGCCGCCUCAGCAGAGAAUGAAAGGCCUGCCGCUUCGUGUAUAUCUUGAUCUGGAGGCUAGUAGGAAGCCAACUGGUUUCGAGGACAUUUUCAUAGGUUACCAUGCUAAAGAUGAUGUACAAGUAACAUAUGCUGGAAAAUCAUUCCACACUAGUCGAAGUUACCAUGUAUCGACUGAAAAGAGAAAUGAUGCACUUAUUUACUGGUCAUCUUCAAGGUGUCUUCCUCAUAGAGACAAAGUUGCAAAAGAUUUCCUGUCAUUGGUUCCACACCACUCUUUUGGGAAAUGUUUGAAUAAUGUUGAUGGUCCCGACAUGGCAUUAUCCAUGUAUCCAGUUUGCUCCACCAAUGAUAAUGGCAAACCACACUGGUGGGAUCACCUUCACUGUGCAAUGUCACAUUACAAGUUUGUUCUUGCAAUUGAGAAUACCAAGACAGAAAGUUAUGUGACCGAGAAAUUGUUCUAUGCCUUGGAGGCUGGGUCAGUGCCAAUAUACUUUGGGGCACCCAAUGUCUGGGACUUCAUUCCUCCCAAUUCUAUUAUAGAUGCUUCCAAAUUCAGCUCACUCCGUGAAUUGGCAUCAUAUGUGAAAACUGUUGCCAACGAUCCCAUAGCCUAUGCAGAAUACCAUGCAUGGAGGAGGUGUGGUACCCUGGGUAACUUUGGUAGAUCACGUGAAAUGAGCCUUGACACACUGCCCUGUCGACUUUGUGAACUUGUUAGCAAAAGAGGUGGUAGGAAUGCAGAUGCAUUGUGAUUGACUGGUAAUAUUUUUGUGUCUAUACUUUUGACGAGAACCGAAUGACUUGAACUCCAAUGUGGGAUAUGUUACAUGUAUCCAAUUGGUAUGCAAUGAAGAUGAAGUGCUUGGAUGUCGGAAGGAAACAGUUGAUAUUGUUCUGAUAACACACUGUAUUUCUUAUUACAUUUUUUCUAUUUCUUUUUGCCUACAGAUUUGAGAGAUGUACACAGUAAUUAGGGAGUCAUGUUUGUAGGGAAAAAUGUAUGAAUGAACAUUAUAUUGCUAAUGUUAUACGGUCAUUAAGAUCACCCUUAUACCGAUGUCUUGAAGAAAUGUGAUGAUACAGAACCAGCAAUAUCUUGAAACACUGUAUGCUGCUUGAUGCCUAUCCAAUUCUAUGAAACUACAAUAGAGUGAACUAUGUGCUUAU